AGUAGACCAAAAAAAAAAACUGGGAAAAAAAUUAGUCCUGAAGCAGAAAAUCUGGAAGUUGCUGGCGACUUUUACUGUGUGUGUGAUCGAUCGAAUUGGUAAAGGAAGUGAAAAUGGGAGACACAGUGGAAGAAGAAGAAGAACCCAAUUUCUCACAGGAUCCUAAUCCUAAUCCAGAAUCAGAAAGAGAAACCCUAAUCUUCAAUGCUAAUAAUCAGAGAGAAAUAUUGAAAGCCAUUGAAGUUGUCGAACGCGAUUCCUUCGCCAUUGCUCAGAGCUUCACUUCUGUUUUCGCUUCUCUCCGCUUGUCCCUCUCUCAAUCCACGGACACUUCACUCCAUCACAUACAAUGCUUCACCGAUGCCGCCGGUCAUCUUCAAGAAUCCGUGCUUGAUGCAGCAACUAAGGGGAAUCGUUAUAUAAAUUCGUGUCUCAAAUUGAAUGAGGAAAUGAAGAGCAUUGAUAGUCUAGCAUCCCAAUUAAAAAUUCUGAGAAGGCAUGUAGAUGUUCUGGAUUCGGCUGUUAACAAGCUUCUUCAUGUCUCUUGAGUUGACUCAUGGGAUUCAGUCCUCUACAAGGUUUCUUUCUCUAUAUCUCAUAUCAAACUCUUAACUGAAGAAGUUGAAUAGUUUAUGCAUCUCUAUAUAUUUAUUGAUUUUAGAAAACACAUGCACUGUGACUAUAAGUCAGUUUUACACUGACAUAGAGCAAUUAUUUUGCCAUGUCAUCCUACUUUUAUAAGUGUAUCUUGAAAUGGAUUGUAUGAAGCGAUACACUAGUGAACUCUUGCUAGAUGCCAAUGUAAACCUAAUUUACAUCAACAGUGUAUGUUGCCUUAAACUAAUAUUUGUUGUUUCAUGGAUUGUGCUGGGUUAGUGAUGUUCA